AAGAAGAAAGUUGAAAGAAAGGGGAGCCAAAAAAAAAAAGGAAAGAAAGAAGGAAAGAAAGCUGAGAGAAACGACGUGUCGCGCUAUCCCCCUCUCUUUCUCUUUCUCUCUCCCUCUUUCACUGUCUGUUUCUCUCUCUUUCUCGCGUAAGACUUCCGCCAAACAUAUGUCAAGUGCACUAAGUGUGGUGCAUAAUUGCUGAGGCUACAAAAAAAAAAAAAAAAGGAAAAAACGGCGGCACCUUCUAACCUUCCACGCAGCAGUGGCAGGCGGCAGAAGCAAUAGUGCACCUCCACCACGGCGGCGGUCACGGUGACAACAGCAACAACAACAACAACAACAGCUAGAAGGACGAAAAGAAACUACAACGGCUCGGCGUGGCAAGGCGUGGACAGAAACAGAAACCGAAACAGAGACAGGAAUCGAAAUCGCAAUAGGAACAGAAACAGGAACAAGGACGUGGACAACAGCAACGACAGCAACACCAGCAGCAGCAGCAGCAGCAGUAGCAGCUGGCCAAAUUUGCUAACGUUAAUGAAGAGGAGGAGGAGGCUGUGAGAUAGUGAUUACUUGGUCCUUUAUCCUUUUGUUGCUACUGUUGUUGUUGCUGUUGUUGGGGGAGGCGGCUGCAGCGGCGACGACAGUUACAACAACAAUGAUAAGUCAAACCGAUUUACAAACAUAACACAUUGCGGUUGGCGGUUGAGAAGAACACGGCAUGGUGAAAAUGGAAUCCACUGAAGAACAGGAUAGAAAGUUGGUCUUGGAGUUUUGCCAUUUGCUAGAGAAGUCCAAACAGCUGUUCAAUGGACUAAGAGAUCUACCGCAAUAUGGUCACCGGCAGUGGCAGGCCUAUUUUGGACGCACCUUCGAUGUCUAUACAAAAUUAUGGAAAUUCCAGCAACAACAUCGUCUGGUGCUUGAUUCAAAAUAUGGAUUGAAACGCUGGCAAAUUGGCGAAAUUGCAAGCAAAAUUGGACAGCUUUAUUAUCACUAUUAUUUAAGAACCAGCGAAACGAACUACCUGAAUGAGGCGUAUCAAUUUUAUGCGGCAAUACGUGGUAGAGCUUAUUACUCUCGUGCCGCCAAAGAGGAUAGACCCGAUUUGAUGGUUAAAAAAUUGCGUUAUUAUGCCCGUUUUAUAGUUGUCUGUCUGCUGCUCAAGAAAAUGAAGCUAGUGCGAGAGCUGGUCACCGAAUUGGAGAAGCAAAUUCAAGAGUAUACCAACACUUACGAGCCGGAAGAUCAUAUGGAAUGGUCUUUGGUUUUAGAGGAAAUUAAAGGAUUCAUUAAAGCCGAAGCGGCUGUGGCUGUUUUACAUGCUGAUUCUAAUCCCAUUAUAUUAUCACACAGUGGUUCCGGUUCUAGGUUAUCCCCACUCACAACACCGCCGUGCGAGCGUUCACCGCACAUGACGCUGAGUCUGCAAGAGAUUCUAAUUGUGGGCUCGGCAUGUGAGCAGGCGAAAUUUUCGGAGCUCACAAUGGAUAUGUUUCGUAUGCUGCAAACACUGGAACGCGAGCCAACGGAAUCGGCAACAAAUCCUUUAAGUAUGUCACAUGGUAUGCAUGGACAUGAUGCUAGUCCGGCAGCAAGUCGUAUUCCACCGUAUGGUGUGCCCGGUUCGAAGGGUUAUUUGGAGAAUGGACGACAUUAUCGUGACAAUCCGCAUAAAUAUUUACUAUACAAGCCAUCGAUAAGCCAACUGUUGGUGUUUUUGGCCAGCGGUUUUAAGGAACUGCCAUUGGGUGGAGCUCUGCUAUUGUAUAUGUCGGCGGAUGGUUGUUUCUCCACCACCAAACAUCCAGAGGAUUAUGGUUAUGAACUUGGUGGCCUGGCCACUAGUGUUAAGCGUGAUAGUGUAGAUGGCGGCGGUUUGUCAUGUCGGGGCAAAUCGUAUAAAGAAAAUCAUUGCCUUUAUCCUGGUGAUCUGUAUCCGUUCACAAGACGUCCCAUGUUCAUUAUCAUCGAUUCGGACAACUCGUUUGUCUUUCAGCAUAUCCCACGUUACUUUGGACAACCUUUGGUAAUACUCAUGUCACCGCAAGAUGUGCCGCCCGCUUUUCAAGCCGAUGUUCAGCAUCAUGGUUCGUUAUUUACUUUGUUCCUGCACUCCCCGCUCACGGCUCUCUGUUAUAUAUGCAAUGUCGGUGAUGUACCCAUACAUCAUUGGGAACGUUGUCAAACCUAUGUCGAUCGUUUCAUAACAGAAGCAUCGCGUCUGGUAACACGUUGCCGCAUCGAUGAAAUCGAACAGGGCAUUGGUUUUAUAGACUCCUCUUAUGUUCAGUUCUUUGGCGAUGAUUUUCUACGUACGCUCAUUUUACGUUUUGUCUUCUGUGAUGUGGUAUUACGUUUACAUCGAGGUUUCCGUGGACGACAUAUGAGGCCACGAUGUGAACCACAAUUGCCAGCAAAUGAGCUGCUGGAGCAUCCAUCGCUAUCACACAUUAUCUUUCAAUUGGCAUCGGCACUCGAUGUGCGUGGCCAUUUCUCUGAGGGGCCAGAGUGCGACUGAUGAUUUUUAUUUCAACUACUACUGGCCAUAAUUGGAGUUGUUCUUGUUCUAGUCAUAAUCAUUCUGUUCGGCUAUACGAUGAGGCAGCAGUUAAGUGAUCAGAUCAUUUCGAUAUACUACUACUUUCCGUUCAGGCAGUGUUCAUUUUCGGUGUAUAAAAUGGUUUUUGAAGCAUGGAGUUGAUUCGAUAUAUAUAAAUUUAUAAAUAUAUAUAUUUGUAUUUUU